CACAAAGCAUGUAGGUAAACAGAACACGAAGAACAAGAUGAUGAGGUGAUGGGAGUAAGGUUGUGCAUAUGUAGUAGUAGCAUGCAGCAGUAACAGCAGCGGUAGUACUUUGGAAGUGGUUUGAGGAGCCAAAAGCCUCUCUUUAGUUUGGCAUCAGCCCUUGUCAGCCCUAUCCCCAUAUUUGACCCCACAUCAUAUUUGGUAUCUCCUCUUCUACCUCUUUCACUCUUGAAGACUUUGUGAACCAUGACUACUGGAGUGUAGAAGAAACACCAAAGUUCCCUUCCCUUCCCUUCUCUUGGGCACUGCCGCAAUCUUAUACCUCCUUCCCUGCAUACAGCGUGGUCGAUCGAUUGGACUCAGCUCGGAGGCGGCAGCGAUGAGCCAGCAAGAUGCACAGAGCUCCAUGAGGGUCACCGUCGACUCCUCCGAACUCCCCUUCAUCCGUGCCUUACCGGCUGCCGAGAACACAUCCAACGGUAGUAGCGCGGCCAUCCGGCUGUUCGGCAUCGACUUCCCCACGGAUCCUGAUGCAUCAUCACAAGAUGGCUCCUUCAACGAUCCUCCCUCUACCACUGAAACCAGUAACACCCAGCAGAGCGCCGCCAACGCAAUCGCCAACACCGACAGUGGAGAGAGCGCCAAGAAGUUCGAGUGCCACUACUGCUGCCGCAAGUUCCCGACGUCGCAAGCCCUUGGCGGGCACCAGAACGCCCACAAGCGGGAGCGCCAGCACGCGAAACGAGCCCAUCUCCACUCGGCUAUGGCCAGCCAACACUACCACCAUCCCAGCUUCGUCUACGGCUACCUCAACUACCGCAAUCUGUGCUCCGCCCCCUCUACCGCCCGCUUUGACCACCCACCACCACCGAACUACCCUUCUUGGACCACCACCGCCCCUCCCAUCAACCCCGCGGCUCGCUUCUACGGCGGCUUAGGUUCCUCAUCUCAGCCCGUAAACGGUAGCCCGAUCCCCGAGCCAUGGAGAAUGCCAGUGCAUGGCUGUACCGCAAGCUUCCAGGAAGACUAUCCACCCGCUCCACCUUCGUUUGGAGGGAGAGACACGAAGGAGGUGGCCGUGGAAGGAGGCGGUGGUACUGUCGGCUUCUGUUCCUCUUCCUCUUCUUCUUUGGCUUCCCAAAAGGACCAAGGUGGGCUUGAUUCAGCCUCCAAGAAUGGUUUGAGUUUGGAUUUGCGUUUGUGAUUGAUUCAUAGCAGUCCGGAUAGCAAAUAUUUCGUUGAUGAAUUGCAUGUCUCUCUUAAUUCUCCAUCACAUACAACUUUUCUCUCACUCUCACAAUCAUAUUUAUUGCUUCCUCAUUGUAGUAAAGAAACUGGAAUGUUAUCACCUCUUCCAUGGUUAGAAUUUAGCCGAACCAAAGAUCAGCAUAGAUAUCGGACAUGGCCAUCAUGCUUUUGUUCAGAGAUUGUCAGCUUGAAGUGGUCCCAUUCAUUAUCAAGAAAUUUCUUAAGCUAUCUAUCAUUAUGAGUUGUUUAGAAUCCAAUCAUUCAUCUUGCUUGUUUAUUUUCUCAUGAAAUGAUAGCCAGAAUCUAUGUUGUAGUGUCUGCAUAAUUCCAUUGUACUUCUAUUUUAUGUGUCCUUUUACCUGCACAUUAUUACUCUCCUUGAA